UCUUGUAUAAAUAGGCUGCGAGGCAGAGCGUGGUUCAUUCAUAAGAUUUCGGGCCCGGGAAGGAAGACCGGCGGCGGGCAGCGGAGAAACAACCGAGCGCCAGAGGGGAGACCCCGCUUCGCCCCGACAGUGCUGCUUUGAGACCGACCGACCGACCGCUCCGGAUUGCUGGCUGCUUGUUUGGGGGGAGGGGGGAGGCUUUUCUCCUUGGCGCGCGUUGGGGUUGGAGUUGGCUCGACCGGUGGAACUUCGGCCUGCCGUUGUCCUCGUCUUCGGGACUAUGCUACUGCUGUUGCUGCUUUGAAAGGAGAGCGAAGGGGGGGACUCGAGGGAGCCGUCUCCCCCUCCGCAAGAGGAGGGAGAAGCCGGAGAAAAGCAACUCUCGGAGGCGCCCAGAGUCGAGCCUCCUGCCUCGGAUCCGGCGGCGACCACGGCAGCGGCAGCGGCGGGAGGGUCGGCCGGCUGGCUCUGCUCGGCCCUCACCUUGGCUUCCAGGCGCCCCCGGCGAGGCCGCGGCCUUUCCCCGGCGCCCCCGAGGGAGAUGUAUCAGGGCUUCCCCGGAGAUUACGACUCCACCUCCCGGUGCAGCUCGUCCCCUUCGGCCGAGUCCCAGUACCUCUCCUCGGUGGAUUCUUUCGGGAGCCCCACGGCCGCCGCUGCCGCCUCCUCGCAGGAGUGCAGUGGCCUUGGGGAGAUGCCCGGAUCCUUUGUGCCAACAGUGACUGCCAUAUCGACUAGCCAAGACCUGCAGUGGUUGGUGCAGCCCACCUUGAUUUCCUCCAUGGCCCAGUCUCAGCAGCCUCCGGGCCAGCAAAUGUCUCAACAGCAGCAGCAGCAGCCACCUCCUCCCACCGUGGACCCCUACGACCUGCCAGGGACCAGCUACUCCACCCCAGGACUGAGCGCUGCCUACGGUGCGGGCCCCUCGGGGGUGCCUGCCGCCCAGCCACGCUCCACCAGGGCCCGGCCCAGAAGGACUCGGGAGGAAACGCUGACACCCGAGGAGGAAGAGAAACGCCGUGUCCGGAGGGAGAGGAACAAGCUUGCAGCGGCCAAGUGUAGGAAUCGCCGCCGUGAACUGACAGACCGACUUCAAGCGGAGACCGACCAGCUGGAGGAGGAGAAGGCCGAGCUGGAGUCGGAGAUUGCGGAGCUUCAGAAGGAACGCGAACGGCUGGAGUUUGUCCUGGUGGCUCACAAGCCUAGCUGCAAGAUCCCUUACGAGGACGUGCCAGAACUGAUCGGGCAGCCGGGCACCUCUGGCGAGGUGAGCGCUUUAGCCCUGGCGGUCAAGGAGGACCCCUUUGGGCCCACGGCCUACUCGUCGCUGCCCCUCCACUACCAGCAGACCCUUGGCGGAGUGCAGGCUUUGUCCCCGGCGGAGGUAGCGUUUUCUAGUUCUUACUUUUCACAUGGUGAACAGCUGACCGACCCGUACCCGGCUAACCCUUCCUAUACAUCUUCGUUUGUCUUCACCUACCCAGAGGGAGCCACCUGUGGAGCCACACACCAGCGGAACAGCAGCAGCGACCAGUCCUCGGACUCCCUGAACUCUCCCUCGCUCCUUGCGUUGUGAAACUCAAAAGAGCACGCAAAAGCAAAACACAAAAGCCCAACAACCGCCUCCCGAUCUCGAAACCUUUUCUCUGCCUGACCUCCAUUGGAGAAAAAAACCAAAACGACCCACCUGCGCAAACAUCUGCGUUAAGUGAAGGGGGCGCAAGAGAGAGAAGAGAGAGGAAAAUGGCAAAUGCGCACCCCCCAGCUUGGGAGCAUCGAACCUUUAAAACACCAAUAUCUUAUCUAUAAAGAGACCAAGCCACCCGCCAGCCCUCGCUACACCAGCACCCGCAGCCACUAGCUCUGUGAUGUUAAGACUGCCGGGGUGCAGUGAGUGGAACGCCUUUUUUGUGUGUCAACGGUCGCUUUUAACAUUUCCUUGCUUUUUUGGGCUUUGCAAUUUUCAAAUGGGAGAGCCAAGGAGGAAGGAUGUUUCUGGGCUGCAGUGAUGAUCUACCCUCCGUCUCGGAAGAACUCUGAGCCUAAACUUGCUUUCUUGGGGGGGAACGGGGCCCUUGCCUUUUGCUGAAUGUGGACUUUUUGGCUGAGUAUGGAAUGUGACGAUGGUUCUCUGAUUCUUGCUGCCUUUUGUUCAUGGAAUCAUAGAAUUGUAGAGUUGGAAGGGACCCCAAGAAGCCGAGCAAAAGGGGAUGGCCUGUCAGUAAGGGGAAUGAGGAGGAAUGGGGGUGGGAUUCCCUCCCCCCGUUCUAGCAGACCCUACAUUGCCUGGCUGCAUGUGAAUCUUCUGCCAGCUGCGUGGUUAGAAAUGGGCACUCUCAAUGCAUUUUUCCAAGUUAUCAGCCUGCACUAUGAAACGUGUUUGAGAGAUUGACCCGCCAGUGACCAUCCUUUCCCAAAUUAUUUUGGCAGGUGCCUACUGUCAACUUCAAAACAAGUCUAGAAUAUGGCGCAGGAGGUGCUUAAAAGCUGUUUUCUGAGUGAUUUAAGCUUGCUGCCUGAUCAGAGGUGCAUGCUUACUCAGAAGUAAGCGCAACAGAAUUCAGUUCCUUAUGUAUGCACUGAGUUGCACCCUUAAUGCACAGAGGAGCAAGUCUACUUUAAUAGGCUUGCAAACAGAAAUUAUUCUAGUUCACAAGAUUACCAGCUUAGGCGCUUUGGUGAAUGUCCUGGGAAUAUAAUCAUAGGGCAGUAGAAAAGUAUUUGGUGUUAGCAAAGUAUAAAGAAGAAGUUUUAUAUAUACUUAUUUUUCUUCAUACUUUGUUAAUACACACACACACACACACACACACACAGAGAGAGAGAGAGAGAGAGAGAGAGAGAGAGAGAGAGAGAGAGAGAGAGAGAGAGAGAGAGUAUAUUGAGUUCAAUACAAAAUUGAAAACUUAAGUAAUGAGAACCUCGGCUGCAAAAUUCACCAGAUUUUUAACUUGUGCAAUAGUUUGGCAGCCCUGGUCUGUCUGUCAGAAAAUAUGGAAGCCUUUUAGAGGAUGGCAGCCUCCAUGCUAGUAAAAAAAGAAAGAUGAAAAGUACCUUUUUUGCUAUGAAUUUGCACAGUGGGCUUUCUGGAACGCCACAUCUCUUAUUUUUGUCUAGCUGGUUGGGGGCCAGCUCUAUGUUGGGUCUACCCAUCGCCUUUUAAACUUGCCCCCCCCCCGAAUGAAUCCUCUUCCCACUAGGGGCUUCUGCCUUUGCUCGGUUUCCCGUGGGUGGCUGGCAACCGUUUUGCCGGGAUAUUGGGGAGUUGUGCUUGGUGAUAUACUGUGAACGGACCUCUCUUUCCCCCCCUUGUAUAGAUGCUUUCCUCCCCCACCCUCGAUAUUGUGACACUAUGUACUUUAAGCUGCCUUUAACCUUCUCUCGGUUUCCUUUUGCUUGAUGUAUCCGUGGUUUUUGAAGCUGGCUCUUCUCCCCCGCCACCUUUCCCCCUUUGGUGACACUGUUGGUGAGGAACAAAACCUCUGGAUAUUUAGCUGACUUCCGCCCUUUCAUCUCCGGCUGCAGCCUUUCCUAAUUUCUGGGCUUCUGGCUUUCUUCCUGCCUUGUUGCACCCUCGUGGAUAUCACUUUAGGGUGCUCAGAUCCUCAUAUGUGAGCUCCCUUUUUGAAAAGUGUCGGUGGCUCAGCCUGUCCCAGCAUUUCAAUGGGUUUGCAGCCGUGUUGCUUGUGAAGUGGCCCCCCACCCCAGCAGGGUCCCCUUGCACUCUGUUGCUUCGGUUGCCAACGCCAAGCAGCUCUUGUGUAUCUCUUGUGCGCGUGCGUGAUCUUGUGCAACAGCGCUGCCCGCUUCUGACACCGCGCUGCCUCUUAUUAACCUGCCACACAAGUGUGUUUAUGGACUGGGGUAAAACAAAAAAACAAAAAAAGCUGCCUUGUUGCUUUAUGGAGCUCUAGAGCACGCCAUUCAGGAUGUUUCCAAAAACUUCCCUCGUGACCAAGCUUUCAAUGUUGUGUUUCGUUUUAUUUUUUAAAAAAGAAUUAUUUUUAAUCUUAUGGACUUUUAUUUUAACCGGCUUUUUUUUUUAAAUUGCUUAUUAUACACUUGCUGGGGAAUGGGGGAAUAUUUUUAAUUUUUUUAACUAUUAUAAUAAUUAUUAUAUUAUUUUUACCCCCUUGUGCUGUAAUAUUAUUUUUUUGUGUGAUGAUGUUUUAUUAAGCAGCUGGGGGGCCGUCAGACGGGAAGGAGAGGAGAGAACUCUGGACCCGGCUGGCGGUUCUUCCCUGCACUUAACCUUGGCUAGCAAAAAUAGCAAAUAAAGACGGCUUUGAAAAAUGCACUUUUUAACGAUGGAUAUAAGAUGUCUAUUUUUUCAAACUCCUGUAAAGUUAACAUUAA